AUAAAAUCUAAUAAUAUUUCAUUUAUAUGGUAGUAUGCGACAAUUAUACUGUCAAAAUAUCAUUUUUAAUGUUUUUUUAUACAAAAAUGUCAUAUUUAAUGUUAUAUGGUUUUGUCAAUAAAUCAGUGGCUUAAGAGUGAACUAAAGAUCUGUGACCCUCUUUUCUAGGAAGGAUCAUAAUCAAAAGCAAAUUCCAUAAUUGAAACACAAUCAACAAAAAACAAGAUACAUUUUUUCUAGCAUAGUGUAAUGGGAAUUGUUUUGGCUAUUAUAGUGUUAUCACAAUUUCCUUUCUACUAUUAUGUAUGGAAUUGGCCUCAAUCAUGGGUAGACUUAUGUGGUAAAGGAAGAGACCCUACCAAAAUGAUGGCUUAUGCUGGUCAUUUCUUGAAGAUAAUUCAGUUCAUUUCACUCUUUUCUGUCUCUUCUUUUCAUUGGCCUCCUCCUUUUUACUUUUGGCCACUCUUUGCCUUUGGACAGUUCCUUAACUUCAGGGUUUAUCAGCUUCUUGGUGAAGCCGGCACAUACUACGGUGUACGCUUCGGAAAAACUAUUCCAUGGGUAACCGAAUUCCCUUUCGGGGUCAUCAGUGAUCCUCAGUAUAUUGGCAGCAUCAUGAGUCUUAUUGCAUGCCUUCCAUGGGUUCCUUUUCAGUACAUUCUCCUGUGGGUUUUAGGAUACGUGUUUAUGAUUCGUGUCGAAUCAAAGGAAGAUCCAUCGACUCGUGCAAAGCCACUGAACUGAUUUUGUUUCAGUAGAUUAGAUAUAAGUAGGAGUAAUCAGUAGCAUCUAAGGUGCCGAACUCUUUGUAUGUUUCUGUUUCUUGCCAGUGCAUUGGAAUGUCAUCUCUAUUUAUAUGUUCCGAUUCCACAAAACUAUUUCAAAUGAACUGCAAAGUGUAAACUUAUUUGAUUUCUGUAUCUCGACACAGAUUUUGGA